GACACACAAGAUACUCUUGCAAAGCCAAGUGCGGCGUCAUGGGAGCUGGGCUGGCGGUUUGUGCGCGCCAAGAGGACACUACAGUUGAGUUUCCAUCUUCUGUGGAGUCACCUUGUCCAAAGCAGCAAGGUGAUUUGAUCCCGUCACCAGGUCUCUGCAAGCCUCGUUGCCAACCAAACGAGUUUGUCGACGUGGAAGUUUGUCAGUCACCAACAGAGAACCACGCAAGCGGAGAAACUUCGGCGAACAUAGCGCAGCUGCUGGAAAAGCCUGUAGGGCAGUGCGCUUGGCUGCCGCCAUGCUGCUCACAGUAUGGCAAUCGGUCCCCGGUGUCCACCGUUCAGGUGCCGACAGAGCCAUGGACCAUGGGACUGAAGGGGCAGCUGCCCCAAGUUGAACAAGAAGAAGUCAAUGAAAUCUCAGAGGAUAUCAGCGAGGAGCUGAAGCUACUGGGCAUGGAGGAUUGGCUUGCUGCAGCCCUUCAAGAAGACAAUGAAAUAUUUCAGACAGGUAGCCAGGUUGCGGCUUCAUCAAGGUCCAAUGCGAUAUCACCACGAGGGCAACCAGAGGAGGAGCCUGGCGCUAGUGAAGCUGAUAGCUUCGCUGGUGAGCUACAUGAGGAUCUUGAGCCGCCAAGCUCUGCAAGGAGACAGACUCACGAGGCCCAAGAAGCCGAAGAGGCCCAAGAGGUGAGGCACAUCUCUCCUGAAUCUGCACAGCCCGAGGUGGCCGAGAUGGCUUUGGAUCCUCCGGCUACUCCGAACCUCGACCAUCAACCUGAAGAGGCGGCUAUAUGCGCUGCCCCUCCAGAGAGUCUGCAACUCUUCCAUAUCUCAGCCUUGGAUCUAGGCUCCGAUCCGGGUGACGAUCUGCCUGGAGAUGCUGGAAGUUCUCAGAAGAUUCUGUCGGACAAGCCACAGAAACGUUUACCUCGUCGAAAGCGUGCUGACAUUAUGCUAUGGUGAGGCGGUGCACCAGUUUCCUAAGCUCGUCACCUAAUGCUUGCACUUGACUGUGCUAGAAUCUCGGUGACUUUAGCAUUUGGCCCAUUUGGCAGACAAGUCUGCUUGCGGAAUCAAUCUGACCUACGGUCAAAAAUGCAGAUAGC